GAAGUAGUGCUCUCUCUGUGUCUGUUUGUCUGUCAUCUCCUUUCCCCUUUGUUCCAGCUUGUUGCAUCUCUCCCACCUAAUGCACCAUUCCUCAACUUCCAAGUCUUCCUAUUUCCCCCAAUUUUCCUAACCUUCACGCCACUUUCACGCCUAUACCUCCGCCGCCCUCACCAAUGCUGCUGCGAGCUUCUGAUUCUCCCCACUUGCUUCUCAUUCUAUUCUUCCUUCUCCAACCCUAACUUCCUUUUUCACUUGGAUUUGGCUUUGCUCAGCUUCUUCAUGUGGCUCUGGCUCGGGAGUGGAGCCGUCUAGCUCUUUCCCGAUCAGCGCUACUCCACUCUUCCACUCAGCCUCUGCAAAUUAGUCCGGAUCCGGAGUUCGCACAUUUCUAUUGGUUUUAGGUUUUUGACAUUUGCUUCUCUCAUGGAGGCUGCUUCUGCUAGCGGGCAUCGUUUUCGAAGGAUACCACGGCAGUCCUUUUCAAAUUGCUUUAAGAUGGAACCGUUGCUGGAUGAAAACUUGGAGCAAUGGCCCCAUCUAAACGAGCUUGUUCAGAGCUAUGGCGCUGAUUGGGUUAAAGAUGAGUACAAGUAUGGGCACUAUGAGAACGUUGGGUCCAUCACAUUUCAGAAUCAAGUAUUCGAGGGGCCAAAUACAGACAUUGAAACUGAAAUGGAGCUCUCUAAUGCUAGACGAACUAGGACACAAGUAUCAACUGAAGAAGAAGUUUCAAGUACAUCAGGAAGUAAUUGCUUGCAGCAUCUUGGAGAAUCUCCGCUGCCGGCAUAUGAACCUGUUUUUGACUGGGAUAAUGAGAGAUCCACAAUAUUUGGUCAAAGAAUCCCUGCUGCUAACAUUGUUCAGUACACCAGUGGGCUAAGGAUUGCAGUGAAAGUCUUAUCCUUGUCAUUUCAAGCUGGGUUUGCUGAGCCAUUUUAUGGCACUAUUUGUUUAUAUAAUAGGGAGAGAAGGGAAAAACUAUCAGAGGAUUUCAUAUUCAAUAUGUUACCAGCAGAAAUACAAAAUAUGAAUAGUUCUGUUGAGGCCCGCGGCAUCUUUCAUGUUGAUGUACCAUCAGCAUCAGUCUGUUUGCUUAUCCAAUUAGAGAAGCCUGCUACCGAAGAAGGCGGAGUGACCUCAUCAGUAUAUUCACGCAAGGAGCCAGUUCAUCUUACUGAGAGGGAGAAACAAAAAUUGCAAGUGUGGUCCCGACUCAUGCCUCACCGAGAGUCCUUUGCUUGGGCAAUUGUACCACUCUUUGACGGUGGUGUUACUUCUGCUUCUGGUGGGUCUGCUUCCCCCAGCAGUCCUCUAGUUACUAGCCUUUCCGGCUCAACUUCUCAAGAAGGAGCUGCUGAACCAGUAGCGAAGAUCACAUUAGAUGGAAAGCUUGGGUAUUCUGGUGGAAAUUCUGUUGUGGUUGAAGUAUCAAAUCUGAGCAAAGUCAAAGAAGGCUAUACUGAGGAAUCACUCCUGGAUCCUAAGCGUAAGAUUCACAAACCAGUGAAGGGUAUCUUAAGAUUGGAGAUUGAGAAACUCCAAUGUGGCCAAGUUGAUGAGAAGUCUUUUGAAAAUAGAAGCACGAAUGGUGAUUUUGGGGGUCAUCCUAAUAUAUCUGAUGGACGGAAGAAUGCCGACUUUGAUGUGCAUUCUUCUUAUGGGGCAGUGCUGGAUAGAAAUGGAUCAGUAUCUCAUGGUUUGGGAGAUAGUGAUACUAAUGACUUUCAGGCUUUUGACUUUCGGAUAACUUCAAGGAAUGAGCCCUUCUUACAACUUUUUCACUGUCUUUAUGUGUACCCUUUAAGUGUCAGCAUGACUAGAAAAAGAAAUUUGUUUAUUCGUGUUGAACUAAGAAAGGAUGACGCUGAUAUACGCAAACCUCCAUUAGAGGCAAUGCAUCCAAGGGAACCAGGUUCUACACUUCAAAAGUGUGUCGAGACUCAAGUUGCUGUUGGAGCUAGGGUUGCUUGCUAUCAUGAUGAAAUAAAAGUCUCGUUGCCUGCUAUAUGGACCCCAACACACCACCUUUUAUUCACUUUGUUUCAUGUUGACCUUCAAACAAAAAUUGAAUCUCCCAAGCCUGUGGUGGUAGGAUAUGCUUCGCUCCCUUUAUCUGCUUAUGCACAGUCAAAAUCUGAGAUUUCAUUGCCUCUUAUGAGGGAGUUGGUUCCACAUUAUCUACAAGACACCAACAGGGAAAAGCCGGAUUAUUUGGAGGAUGGUAAAAACGUGUUUAGACUCCGUCUGCGUUUAUGUUCAUCGUUGUACCCAAUAAGUGAACGGAUUAGAGAUUUCUUUCUUGAGUAUGAUCGGCACAUUCUUCGAACAAGUCCACCUUGGGGAUCUGAGCUUCUUGAGGCAAUCAACAGUUUGAAGAAUGUUGAUUCCACGGCUUUACUUCAGUUUCUUCAGCCCAUCUUAAACAUGCUUCUCCACCUCAUUGGCAAUGGAGGAGAGACUUUGCAGGUUGCUGCUUUCAGAGCGAUGGUUAAUAUAUUGACAAGGGUGCAGCAAGAAUCAGUUGAUGAUGGUGAAAGAAAUCUUUUUCUUGUUAACUAUGUUGACUUUGCUUUUGAUGAUUUUGGGGGUCGUCAACCACCUGUUUAUCCAGGUUUAUCUACAGUUUGGGGAAGUUUAGCCCGUAGCAAGGCUAAAGGUUACCGUGUUGGGCCAGUUUAUGAUGAUGUAUUGGCUAUGGCUUGGUUUUUUCUUGAACUCAUUGUCAAAUCUAUGGCAUUGGAGCAAACUCGAUUGUGCUAUCACAAUCUUCCUUCAGGAGAAGAUGUUCCUCCAAUGCAGUUGAAAGAAGGUGUCUUUAGAUGUAUCAUGCAAUUGUACGACUGCCUAUUAACAGAAGUUCAUGAGCGGUGCAAAAAGGGUCUUGGUUUGGCUAAAUAUCUAAACAGUGGCUUGGCUUUCUUUUGUUACGAUCUUCUAUCUACCAUAGAGCCUCGCCAAGUUUUUGAACUGGUGUCUUUGUAUCUUGAUAAGUUCUCUGGAGUGUGUCAACCAGUGCUGCAUGAUUGCAAGCUCACAUUUCUGCAGAUUUUAUGUGAUCAUGAUCUUUUUGUGGAAAUGCCAGGGAGAGAUCCUUCUGACAGAAAUUACAUUUCAUCUAUUCUUAUACAAGAGAUCUUUAUUGCUUGGGACCAUGAAGAUUUAUCUAUGCGGGCUAAGGCUGCAAGAAUAUUGGUGGUUCUACUGUGCAAGCACGAAUUUGAUUUGCGCUACCAAAAGCUGGAAGAUAAACUUUAUAUAGCUCAGUUGUACUUCCCCCUUGUAGGCCAGAUACUAGAUGAAAUGCCUGUGUUCUACAAUUUGGGUUCAAGUGAAAAGCGUGAGGUCUUGAUCGCUAUAUUGCAAAUCAUACGCAAUUUGGAUGAUGCCUCUCUUAUUAAAGCUUGGCAACAAAGCAUUGCCCGUACCAGAUUAUUCUUCAAACUUCUGGAAGAAUGUCUAAUUCAUUUUGAGCAAAGGAAGCCUGACGAUACCUUGCUUAUGGGCAGUAGUUCUCGCAGUCCACUUGGAGACAAGCCCUUCCCAUCAAAGUAUUCUGAGAGACUUUCUCCUGCUAUUAAUCAGUAUCUUUUGGAGGCUGCUCGCCAAGAAGUUGGACCCCAGGGAACACCUGAAAAUGGAUAUUUGUGGCAAAGAGUCAACUCUCAGCUAAGCUCUCCUAGUCAGCCAUAUUCCUUAAGGGAAGCUCUCGCUCAAGCCCAAUCUUCUAGAAUUGGAGCUUCAACUCAAGCAUUAAGGGAAUCUUUGCACCCAAUAUUGAGGCAAAAAUUGGAACUUUGGGAAGAAAACCUUAGCGCUGCUGUCAGUCUUCAAGUUCUGGAAAUAAUUGAGAAAUUCUCUGGAGCUGUAGCAUCCCGUACCAUUGCUACUGAUUAUGGAAAACUUGAUUGUAUUACAUCUCUAUCUAUGAUAGUCUUUUCUCAUAAUCAGUCUCUGGCUUUCUGGAAAGCUAUCUUGCCAGUUUUCAAUAAUGUCUUUGAGCUUCACGGAGCAACACUGAUGUCAAGGGAAAAUGAUCGUUUUCUAAAGCAAAUUGCCUUCCAUCUUCUACGGCUUGGAGUUUUUCGGAACGAGAAUAUUAGGAAAAGAGCUGUUAUUGGGCUUCAGAUACUUGUUCGGAGCUCUUUCUCCUACUUCGCGAAGACAGAAAGAUUACAGGUUGUGCUCACCAUUACAUUGUCUGAACUGAUGUCUGAAGUCCAAGUUACACAUAUGAAAUCUGAUGGGACUCUAGAAGAAAGUGGUGAAGCACGCCGUCUUCGAAAAUCUUUGGAGGAGAUGGCAGAUGAAUCUAAGACCCCUUCUAUACUAAGAGAGUGUGGUCUUCCAGAAACAGCUCUUGUUGCCAGUAGUGAACAAUUGUCAGAUAACCGUUGGUCCUGGUCGGAAGUUAAAGUUCUCUCUGAUAGUCUACUUCUGGCUCUUGAUGCCAGCCUGGAACACGCACUACUGGCUUCUGUUAUGACAGUCGACAGAUAUGCUGCUGCAGAGAGUUUCUAUAAACUUGCAAUGGCAUUUGCACCAGUUCCAGAUCUUCAUAUAAUGUGGUUAUUACAUCUGUGUGAUGCCCACCAGGAGAUGCAGUCUUGGGCUGAAGCAGCGCAGUGUGCUGUUGCUGUUGCUGGAGUAGUAAUGCAGGCACUCGUAAGUAGAAAUGAUGGAGUAUGGAGCUCGGAUCAUGUCUCUGCAUUGCGCAAGAUAUGCCCCAUGGUAAGUGGUGAGAUAACUAGUGAGGCUUCAGCAGCCGAGGUAGAAGGAUAUGGCGCUUCAAAACUUACGGUUGAGUCAGCUGUUAAGUACCUGCAACUUGCAAAUAAGCUCUUCUCUCAAGCUGAACUCCACCACUUCUGUGCCAGCAUCCUAGAACUAGUUAUUCCUGUGUACAAAAGCAGGAGGGCAUACGGACAGUUAGCCAAAUGCCACACAAUGCUGACAAACAUAUACGAGUCAAUUCUUGAGCAGGAAUCGAGCCUCAUUCCCUUUGCAGAUGCAACGUAUUAUAGGGUAGGUUUCUACGGUGAAAAAUUUGGGAAGCUUGACAGGAAAGAGUAUGUAUAUAGGGAAGCUCGUGACGUGAGGUUGGGUGAUAUAAUGGAGAAACUCAGCCACAUAUACGAGUCGAGAAUGGAUGGUACAACGUUGCACGUAAUCCCAGACUCUAGACAGGUCAAGGCCGAUGAACUACAGGCAGAAGUUUGCUACUUGCAGAUAACAGCUGUAGAUCCAGUUAUGGAGGAUGAGGACUUGGGAAGCAGAAGAGAGAGAUCAUUCCCACUUUCUGUGCGAGCACGCGUCUUUGAUCGGUUUUUAUUUGAUACUCCUUUCACCAAAAAUGGAAAGACUCAAGGUGGGCUGGAAGACCAGUGGAAACGGCGUACAGUGGUGCAGACAGACGGUUCAUUCCCGGCCCUAGUAAACCGUCUGCAGGUGAUAAAAUCAGAAUCGCUCGAGUUCUCUCCCGUGGAGAAUGCAAUUGGGAUGAUUGAAACGAGAACAGCAGCUCUACGAAACGAACUGGAGGAACCCCGCAGCUCAGAAGGUGAUCAACUCCAGAGUCUACAGAGAAUACUGCAGGGAUCGGUCGCCGUCCAAGUGAACAGCGGAGUUCUGAGUGUUUGCACGGCAUUCCUUUCGGGCGAGCCUGCAACCAGACUGCGCUCACAGGAGCUGCAGCAACUCAUUGCCGCACUCCUUGAAUUCAUGGCCGUUUGCAAACGCGCUAUCCGUGUCCACUUUCGCUUGAUCGGGGACGAAGACGAAGAGUUUCACACGCAGCUUGUUAACGGAUUUCAGACACUAACUGCAGAAUUGUCCCAUUACAUUCCAGCCAUUCUUUCAGAACUGUAACAUGACUAGUGUGUUUAGGAGCUGUAUCUUCAUCUUCAUCUUCUUCUUCAGUAUCUUCAUCUUCUUCUUCUUGAGUGUAAAAUUCAAUCCCUUUUUUGGUGCUUGAUCGAAUAUUCCGUUAGUGUUUAUCUAUGUUUCUUACAUGA